ACAACCCCAAAUAGGCGCUUUAAACAUAGGCGGUCAAGUGCAAAAAAAAAAAAAAAAAAAAUGGGAGUAAAAGGGCGAUGGGGGAGGCGUUUGUAAGGUUGUAAUAAGCACGUUCGACUACAGGAUCUGGCUCCGAGCCCUAGUCGGCAACGUGUUUGCCCUUUAAACUGCUCACGCCAAGGAGGAAGCGCUCGCGUCGUGUUUGGGUUUAACACAACUUGUUAUGAAUUCUAUCUUUUGCUCGACGGUUUAGAGACUAGAUUGUCCUGGGUCAUGAGUCAAACGUGGCCACAUUCUCAGUCCAGACAUUUAGAUUUUUAUUAUUUUCUGAACUAUAAACCUUACUCUGCAUUAAAACAAUUAUCUUUUUUUACUCUGCCCAGAUGGUAAAGUGUCCUAGUGGUUAGCAAAUCCACCUCAUAGUUUUUAACUUUUAAUUUUUUAAUGCUAAUUGUCCAAUAGUAGUAGUGUUGCACCGAAUUUAUGCACCCAAUACCGAUUCAGACACCCGGUUGUGUAGUAUUUGCCGAUGCUGAUACUGUACCGAUACUUCGUUUUUAAAGAAAGAAAAUCCUUGUUUUUCUAUUAAUACUAAACCACUGCAUAUUGAAAUGUAAAGUAUUUGCGUCAUUCAUUCACUGCCAACCCUCCCACUCUAAAUGAAUUAGACUUCUACUAGUGAUUAACCAAUUGCAAUUACCAGCAGAACGAUGAUUGGACACCAUACAAUUGGACGUCUAUGCCGUAUAAGUACUGCUGCAACACUAAUGAGCAGUCUGUGUUGCACCCUGCCUUGAGUAUCUGUUUAUUCUGUCCUCAUAGGUCAUGCAUCGCAAGCUUCUGCGGCCCCAACAAACACACUAGAGGUGGAUUUUAGACAGAAUUUAAACCAAAAUCUGGCUCCCAUGCUGGCUGUAAAAAAAACAUCCCUUCCAUACCCUCAGCCAUGCCUGCCACCACCAAAUCUGCAAGGAGACGAACCCCCGCUCAGAGAAAGAAUGGCCAGAAAAUCGCUGGCCCUAAACGGCAAACCAGCAACUCAAAUAAGGGCAGGGGGCGAGCCUCGGACCGUGUCCAGAAAGUUGCAAGUGUCCCCGCGAGGUCAACCGGCAGAGCUCGGGGACGUGGGACAGGUAGCCGCUUGUCAGGUCAGGGCAGCGUGUCCCCAAGUAGAGUUAACCAUCCCCUUAGUGUAAAAGGAUCCGCCAGACUUCGAGGUUUGUGCAAGGUGUCCGACCACUAUGGCCAGUUAGAUGAUACCCUAUGGCGGAGGAAGUCCCCACGCGGGCCGCAGUUGUCAGCUCGUUCCUGCUUGCCGCCUAAACCCUGCAGGGGCGCAAAAAAGACCAGGGGAGGAGCAAACAUUAGAGAUCGGCCGUCAAAGACCAGCAACACCAACGCGAAUACCGAUGAGGACCUCGAGAAGUCAGACCCCGAACAACUUCUGCCAGUUUCGCUUAAAACUGAUUUUCAAGGGCCUGCUCACAUUAAAGGUGCUAAAGAGGGCAGCCCACUCAAAGCGGACUCCCCGCCGUGUAAUGACACCCUGGAGGACUGUGUGCCACGAGACAACCAGACCUGCAUAAUCAGUAAGGCUGUCACCGAGACCCCUGGGAGUGAAGAACUGCAACCGGACCUCUGCGACAACACAGGUCCGGAUAGCCCUCGCGGAGUAGCUGCUACUCAGAUUGCCUCUCUUGUUUCGCAAGGACUGCAAAAAUCCUCUUUGACAGAACAAAAACUCAGCCACGUUAAAGAUGACGCCGAUGCAAUCUUGGAAGAAACUAUGAUCGAGGAUAAUGUCGACUCUGAGAUAAAUCUGGAUGUGGUGCCAGAGAAAACAUCCGAGAAAUUGGAUGAAGUCGAGAACGAGAAGGAGGAACUGCCUGACGGCGAAGAACGACCAAAACAGAACAAUUCUGGUGAGUCCCACCUCAGUACUGAUAUUCUCUUACAACCUCCGGAUACACUUCAGUCCGUCGAGCAACUUCCAGAAAAGUCGCUAGACAAGGUGCUAACUGUCCCAAACACAGCUACCUCAAAUUCCACCAAAGCCCCUGAAGCCUCAGAGUCACCCCUACCAGAGGUUGCAAAAGAGGAUAGGACAGACAUGCAAACUAUUGUUCACGGUGCUAUACUUUCAGCCUUGAGAUCCUCUGCUGUACCAGAGCUCUCCGUGUUGCAACAUACCCAGCCAGUAGCACGGAGUACUCCUGUUAUUAUUCGUAGUGAUUCUGUUCUAAAAGAAAGGAGCUUCUGGGAGCAACUGAAACGUCUAGAGAACCCGUCUCUUACUGCUUUGCCAGCCAAAGAUAGGAAGUCCUCUCCAGAACUGUCGGAUCGCCAGAGCCAGGUCGAGACUCCGGGACAGUGUAACUCUGUCCCCAAUGAGAAUAGAGGUGUAGUCAUUACAGCUCCUGAGCUCGACCUGCCGCCAAAGAUCUCCACCCCCUCACUGGAUGGCAGCUCGGCCUUCUCCUGCAGCUCUGAGAGUACUCGCUCAUCCUUCUCCCUGGAAACAGAGUCAGAGACAGGCUAUGGCGAAUCCUCGGUGGCGUCACUUACCUGGGGAUGCGAGGGAGGACUCCGCCCGCCUUCAUGGAAGCAACAGCAGCGCAAGGAACGGCGGAAGCGGAGCAGGUGCGGGAGGUGCGAACCGUGCCUGAGGACCGUCAGCUGCGGCCGCUGCAGCUGCUGCCUCAACCGCAGCACCGGCCACCAGAUCUGCAAGCUGAGGAAGUGCGUGGAACUGAAGAGAAGAAGACCAUCCUUGAAGGGCGCUCUCCCUGCUGCGCAGGUGGUUCCAGAAAGCCUGUCAUUCAAUGGCAAGGGAGAGGCGCAGAUGGACGGCACCCACAGGGCGGCAGAGGAGGACGAGGAGGAGGAAGGCCACAUACAUCGUACAAAAACUCUACCCGAGACUGCUCGCCACCACCAGAACCUCGGCGUCCGGCCGGCACUCGGGCUGCAGCUGAGAGAUGUCGCGCUUCACCGACAUGUCUGCAAUUCUGCGAAUCUCCGCAACGGUUCCUCCGAUCCCCCGACUAAAGCCAACGGCGUUAACGUGACGUGCGGGAGUCCGAAGGCUUUGUAUCUCGGGCCCGCGAUGGCCUCCGAGCCUCAAAGGAGCGUCAUUGCCACCGUACCGUCUCGGAACGGACCCGAGACUCCAAGAUUGAAAAGGAUCAAACUGGAAGAGGACGAAGAAGCGAUCACUUCGCACGGUUUCUGUGAAGACCCUCUGUCCACCUUGGCGGCGGUCGUGUGUCUCUCUGUCACGGAGAGGCGAGGGCUAGAGGAGAAACUUUUGAGCUCGCGUCCUUCUGGUCUUCGGUGCAUCAAAACCGAGCCAACAGAUUUGCGCUUUAUAAAAAAAGAGUCCGUGGACUCGUUUGGUGCUUCGGGGAACCUCGCAAGGCCCCCCCAGAUGAUCAAGAGCGAAGCGCCUUCAAAUGAUCUCUUACCGAGUGUUCAGACUUUGGCAGAGAAAAGGAAUCUUAGUUUUGACCAGGCUAUUGCCAUUGAGGCCUUAACCCAACUGGCAGCUAUACCUCAAUGUACCCCAAUGUUCAUGAAAACCGAACGCAAGUGGGAACCUCCUGUGUCCGCAACCUCAACGCAAGAAGCAAAACGCACACCGGCGAUUCGCUACAACAAAGUCUCGGUCAUCAGCUCGCCGGCUCACCAGACGUCAGUAAUACGCCCACCCAUGGCUCGACAGGGCAACGUCAUCCAGCGCUGCCUGGGUGCGAGGCCGAUAGACCCCUCAAGAGAUGGUAACGGGACCCCCUACAGGAAGACGUACUCCGACAUUGGCUCCCGUGUCAUCAAGUCAGAAUACAACAACUCGGAUCUCAGCAAUGACCGUGAACGUCUCCUUUGGGAGAACCGGGAGAAAGCAAAAAUGACGAGGAACCGAGACGAGGAGGAGGUUGCCGCGCAAUUGGCCGACUUGGCCUUCAUCAUCCAAUCUCGGCAGAGCCGGCUGCCGGAGGCCCAUCUUGUGAAGGGAACGCCUGUGUCGGCCAUCAAAUACAACUACCGCUCACAGUUAUCUCUCGCUCAGAAAAAGACCCCCAUAAAAAAAGCUAAAAUGACUCCUUCGAAGCCAAGGAAGAAGAAGAUAAAUGAAGAUGGAAUCAACCGCCGGACCCCUCUAUCCAAGCGCGUGACGAAUGGAGACACUUCCCAUCGAAGCAGAGGCAAGAAAACCCCGCCACCUGGCAAGUCUGUUCUGCCGCAUCGGAGGAAUCUGUUCCUCCCUCAGGCUCAGAUCGACCUGAAAAGAUACCUAGUUAAAGCCCAGGAGGAGGCCGGGCAACUCAUUCAUCACCAGAGCUCCCUCCCGGAAAACCGACUCUUGUCGUAUCUGCACAAUCCGCUCCGCCGGCACGAUCCUGCUUCGGGUCCUGGGCAGGAAAGGUGCUUGCUCACUCAGGUAAUGCAGCCCCUCCAUGGGCCGCAGCACGGCACCGAGCACGGUCCGAUUUUGGCGUAUGACAGCCUUUCCGGUGCGAGGGUGUCCCCGCCUCCUAGCCAGCAGAGCUACUACAAGCUGGAGAGGUCGGGGCCGGUCGCCAUCUUGUCUACGUCCGCCGAUGCCGACGCGGGCCGAUCGGCGGAGUCGACCCCUUCCAAGCACAGUGUCAACAGCUUCCUGGAUUCACCUUUGGCUUAUCUGGACACCCCGACCAAGAAUCUGCUCAACACGCCUUCCAAAAAGCUGUCUGAGCUUCCGUGCUGUGAUUGUGUGGACCAAAUCAUUGAAAAGGAAGAAGGUCCUUACUACACUCACCUCGGAGCAGGACGAAGCGUUGCUGCAGUAAGACACCUUAUGGAGACCAGAUAUGGCGCCAAGGGAAAUGCAGUGCGCUUGGAAGUGGUUGUGUACACUGGAAAAGAAGGAAAGAGCUCCCAGGGGUGCCCGAUCGCUAAAUGGGUGGUCCGGCGUAGCAGCGAGGAGGAGAAGUUACUGUGUUUAGUGCGGCAGCGACCAGGGCACUACUGUGACAGCGCGGUGCUGGUCAUCCUCAUCCUGGCGUGGGAGGGAAUCCCUCGAGCUGUGGCCGACCAUCUCUACCGGGAGCUCACGGACACCCUCUUCAAAUACGGCUCGCCCACCAGCCGACGCUGCGCUCUCAACGAAGAUCGUACCUGCGCCUGUCAGGGUUUGGACCCGGAUACCUGCGGAGCCUCCUUCUCUUUUGGCUGUUCCUGGAGUAUGUACUUCAAUGGCUGCAAGUUUGCCCGGAGCAAAGUGCCGCGCAAAUUUCGCCUGCUCGGCGACUACCGGGAGCAGGAGGAGAAGGUGGAGAAAAACCUCCAGAGUCUUGCCACUGACCUUGCACCACUGUACAAGUGCCUCGCUCCUGAAGCCUUCCAAAACCAGGUGGAACAAGAGGAGAAAGGCGGUGGCUGCCGGCUUGGCCGGCGGCCGGGCCGUCCGUUUUCCGGAGUCACGGCUUGCGUGGACUUCUGCGCGCACGCUCACAAAGACAACCACAACAUGAAUAAUGGCAGCACUGUGGUUUGCACUUUAACAAAAGAAGAUAACCGCGCAGUUCGGAACAUACCGGAAGACGAGCAGCUCCACGUUCUUCCCCUCUACAAGAUCUCGGACAGGGAUGAGUUUGGUCGUAUUGAAGGGCAGUGGGCCAAGGUCCAAACUGGCGCCCUCCAGGUUCUGUCGGCCUUCCCAAGAGAGGUGCGUCUGCUAGCUGAGCCGGUAAAAUCAGCUCGCAAGAUAAGGCAAGAAGCUCGUUUGAAGGCUCAAGCUGCCAAAGUCAAGCGGGAAACCCCCACCAAAGGUGAGCAACUUGCCUUUUCCAACAAAUUAUCGCCUGGCCCCGCCAGUGUGGACCGGUGCCAGGCCAGCACUUACAGUCAAAGCACCAGCAACUACCAACAACAGAGGGACCUGCCAUCCCCCCGCCCCCACCUCCGUCCCGGCUUGCCGUCGGGAGCUGCUGACGUGGCGAACGGUUACCCCGGCAUCUACCCUGGCACUAUCAAACGAGAGCCGGGCGAGGUGCACUCAUUCUCCCCCCGACCUCCCUCCGAGGGCCUGUACAGCAGGCUGAGUGGACCCGGCGUCUCGGAAGAGGAUGUUAAGCAGGAGGAGGUGUGGUCGGACAGCGAGCACAACUUCCUGGACCGCGACAUCGGCGGCGUUGCGGUGGCUCCCUCACAUGGCUCCGUCCUCAUCGAGUGCGCGCGGCGCGAGCUGCACGCCACCACGCCCAUCCUCAAACCCGACCGCCGGCACCCCACGCGCAUCUCCUUGGUCUUCUACCAGCACAAGUCCCUCAACGAGCCGGGCCAUGGGAUGGCUGCGUGGGACGCAAAGAUGGCAAGGAGGGAGCGUGAGAGGGAGGAGGAGGAAGAGGAGGAGAGGUUGAGGUUGGAGGAGGGCAGCAGAGGAAGAGCCACGGAGGAGGAGGAGCCGCACGGGGAAGCCGCCCGGGUCCCCACGCGGCAAGCAUGGACGCUGCCAAGGGACGGGGUGGUCACCGUGUCGCCUUACGCCCUCACGCAGGUGACGGGUCCUUACAACAGCUGGACUUAGGCAACACAAACACACACACACUGAGCUUAUUUAUGCCUUACCUCAAUCAACUUUAGACUCUUGUUUUUUCUACCUGGUUUUAAUCAAGCUCUUCUGAUUUAAGGUGAGAUGUUUGAGUAUUUAUUCAAUAUUCUGAAAGGUCUGUGUAGUAGUACGCUAGGUAUCCUUACUUGGAGGACAUGUACCCUAGGGGGGUACGUUCAUUCGCUGCCACCCUCCCAGUCCAAAUGGAUUGGACGUCUACAUUCGUAUAUAAUAUAAUUAAAACAAGCUAAACUGUCUCACCAUUAACACGUAGAGGACUUAUUAGCAUGCAAAAAUGUUCCCACUAGUGAAGCGUACUAGUACACAAACCUAACGGAAAUGAAACGCUCAUGCAACUUCACACAUUGGCUGCCACUGACGACAAUUGAGGUCCAGUUAUUUGGAAUGGAUCGGACAACUAUCGCCGUCAGUGAUUGAAUGGAAAGCUGUUUGAGCAUUUUCAUGUGAUGUAAUAAUGGCUCAAACGUCUUGCUUUGUGCUCCUUGGUCUUUUUUCAACUGUGAGUUUUAUGUUUGUAAAAAAGAUGGUGCUUUGAAGCAUUUUUAAAGAACGUUUUUAAGUUGUUUUUUAACUACUUCAUAUAUACAGUAUGUCUACACACGAUAAGAACAAAAAACAUGAUUAUUUAUUUCUAAUCAUUUCUAUUUAAUUCCUGAUGUUAAGCCUGUUUACUGCAAGAGUUCAGAGAUAACUGUCGCGUGCGAAUCGGAAUCGACACCGCUGUUUUGACGUACGAGUUUCACGAGCAGAAUUUGAGGUACGUUUUAGAUGGAAGUAAAUCAAAGGAUGAGCUCUGAUGGAACUCCUAAGUCCAAGCAAGUGUCGCUGUCCACGCACUAACAGGCUUCUAUUUGACGACAGAUGAUCUCACGUAGCAAAACGGCUUUCCACGUCUGCUCUCCUGCUUUUCGUUGUCCGCGAAAGAAACAAUUUGUUGUGUGGAAGGUUGCUAAGAAGCACUUUUUUCAUUUUUCUCACUUGAAAAUUUCGCCCAAAUGUUAGGCCACAUUAUGUACAGAUAGUGAUUUAAAUAUACAUAUAUAUCUAUAUAAAUAUAUAUAGUUUUAUUUUACAGUAUUCAAAAACACUUAGCAUUCAGAGAAGGUAUAAUUUACAGCAAAGUGCUUAUCAUGAGUGGCACUUAUUUGAUAUAGGCUCAUCUGGAAAGUUGGGAUCAUAGGAUUUUGGAAGUUUUUCUGACUUUUAAUGGUGCUUGUUAAAACCUCAGUUUGUCAUUUAUGCCAACAUACUUUGCCUAUUUGUACUGUAUUUACUUACAUCAAAUAACAAGGUGCAAGCAACCCAAUUUUCACCAUUUUAGUGAAUUAAAAAUAUAUAUAUAUUUGACAGGGAAAAUCCUUAAAUUCAACCCAACUAUGUGAAUGUUUGUACCAACAAUUUUAGCAUUUACUGUGUAAAAAAAAAAAAAAAAAAUUAAAUAAAACAAAAAAAAAGAAUGACAACAACAACAAAAAACACUCCAGUCAUCCAUCAUCGAUUGAAGCAGUUUUGACAACUUCAUACUUCCUUCACAGCACCUAAAGAAUGUGAUUUUUUUUUUUUUUUUAAAUUUCAAAGUUUGACACAUUAUUUUUAAGGCUCUUGGUGCUAAUGGGACAAGUUAGUUCACUGUCUCAACCUGGUUUUAUACUCAAUAGGGAUGGUGCUCUUUUUAAGAUUAAAAAACUGUAUUCGAGUUCUCCAAAUCAGUUUUGGUGCUGUUGCGACCCACGGUCAAUAAUGAUUUAUUCAUACAGUUAAAUGCAAUUCAUAGUUCGGUUUUAUUGUCUUCCACGAAACAAAAAAUGGAAUGAGUGUUGGGAAUCAGUUGAUUUACAGGAAACGCCACGACAAACCUGAUUUCUUGUAUCAGUCUACAUUACAAAAGAGCAAAGGAAGUGUUUUUCAUUUUUGUAUUUUUUAAUCAACCAAAAGCUAUCACCAGCAUUGAAAAAC